CGCAAAUCUUUCAAAGAAGAUAUCCACCACCAAAAAAGCCUACGAUCUCUAUCUGCGUCCACCAAAAUGGAGAACAACUCAAUGACUGUGAGAGGAGAAAGAAGCCACCUGGUCCUGAAAGUGAGGCCAACAAUUGUAGGGCUAGAGGAAGUGGAAUGACCAUGCUUCUGGGCAAAUGGGUUACAGACACGAGCAUCAACCUACACAAAGCAAAGAAUGCAGCAGCAAAUGGAGAGCCUAUGGGGAUGUCCAAACAACCAAGGAAGCAGAGAAUUUAUUCGUCUACACCUUCCGAUCCCAACAGCAACGAUAUGUAGUCUGGGAUGCCAGGCCAUGGAACCUCAGCAACACCCUCAUAGCACUGAAAAAAUGGGAUGGCGAACAAAAGGCGGAAGCUGAUGACAUCACAACAGUAACACUCUGGGUUCAAAUGCACGACCUUCCUCAGUCCCUCAAAGACGAAGAAGCAAUUCAAGCCCUAGCGGAGUACAUCUUUCCCCACUUCCAUUGCAUAGACCAGUCCAAUUUUGACUUCAGAGGAUGGCUCAAAUUUAUCAGAGCAAAGGUGGAGGUCCAACUGGACCAACCCAUACCAAUUGGCUUUGAGUAUCCACUAGGGGAGAAAUCCAUUUGGGUCAGCUUCAAAUACGAGAGGAUUAUGGACCUCUGUUAUUUUUGCGGGAGACUGGGGCACUUGAUCCAUAAUUGUCUCGAUAGGGAGGACCACAUGAGGAGAGGCUUAAGCAUCGACCCAUCGGAAUUAUAUACUACAACACUGGAAGUCGGCCAUGACUCACCGGCGAACACGCCACCGGCGUCGUUCCGGGAGAAGAUGGCAAGAUCUCAGCGACCAACCCUAACUGGACACCCCACAGGCCUGAUUCGCGGAUCUCGAGGCGACACAUCCCUACUGCACUUUGCAGGCCAAACCGGACAAAGCUCCUCCUCGAGCCCACCGGGAUUCACUGCAAUGGCUCUGCCACUGACAGGGACAGGCACGAAGUGGACACAGAGAGGAGAAGUCAUACUACCUACCACUACCUUUCAACCUACCUUUCUGGAAAGGGAAAUGGAAGCAACAACUAGGGCGAUGCAAAGGUCUCUCGACCUAGGAGAAGGAGGAAGAAACAGGGAAAAGGCAGCAGGCCUCUUCGAGAUGGGCCGAACCCUUUCUUUGACGAGCCCAUUUUAUUCUCUUGAGGCAAGCAGCAUGUCAACACCAGGGAAGGCAACAACAGGCCCGAUCCUAAUACCACAAGACCAGGCCCCCAUCACAAACUCAGAAAAAGAAAUAGCAACUGGGGAGGAAGAGACCAGGCCUAGGCGUGAAAAGAAAUGGAAACCGGAGCACAGAGUCGGUCCAAGCUGCCCCAUUCCGCAGUUGGAGAACUCGGCUAACAUCUCUUUUGAUUCUUUGGCUUUUGUUCCAGGUGAGAACAGGAAGACUUACCAGAGGAGGAAACAUAUCACAAGGAGGAGAAGCAUUGCUGAACUGACAGCGGAAGGAAAUCAAUCCGAGGAAGGUGAAUCGAUCUCUCCGAGGGCAGCGGUGGCAAGCCUUGAGCCGCCAAACCAUGAAUGAGGAUUAUCAGCUGGAACUGUAGGGGAUUCGGCCAAUCCCUUACACGAAACUACUGCGGCAGGCUCUGCGGGCAGUUUGGCCCUUCAUUACUCUUUCUUAUGGAAACCAGGAAGGAUGACUCUUUCAUGGAGGAAAAAAGAAGAGUAAUGAAGUUCGAUCACUCCAAGUAUGUUAGCCCUGCGUUUGAAGGUAGUGGACUUGCCUUGUGGUGGAAGGAGGACAUGGAUGUCCGAGUUAUCAAUGCGUGUAAAUCCUUUAUGGAUGUAUGUAUUAGUAGGGAAGGGGAGAAAUUUUACUGUACUUUUGUCCAUGCUCCCACCACGGCGGUGGAGAGGAGAGCCCUCUGGGAUCGACUUACGAUCAUAAGAGACUCUCAAGAUGUUAGUUGGCUGAUUGUCGGUGACCUGAAUGUCGCCCUGUACCCUUUUGAAAAACAGGGGAGGUGCCCCCUAAGAAAUGAAAACGUUGAUC